AGGUGAUUAACAAGAUCAACUGUAUGGUUUAAAUAAAUUUACACAUUUUAGUUACUUUCCCCUGGAGACACGCUUUCCCUGAGUAAGGUUUUAUUAUUGUCAAACAAACGGGUGUACUUGGCGUGUAGUACAUAUGUGGAUGCUCGAGUAUUGUUUAAUGUUUUUCUGGAGCGCAGUGUUACGUUUGCAGCCUACAGAUCCGCCUGGUUGCAAUUGCUUCGUUGUUCACCCGGCAAGGUGAAAAUUGUGAUUGAAGAUUGAGUUGUAGUUGUAGAUCUUCGCAUCUAUUUCAACAAAAUGGACGGCGGCCACUCCAGUGGAACAGGGCCUACGGGCCGAAGCAUGAAGAAAUCGGAGAUGGCUUCGUUCGGAGGAAGCUCGAACAUGAACAACCAGUCGUUUCUCAGGAAUGCGCUGAAUGAUGAGGAUGAAGACGAUGGUUUCGCUUCCAUUCGCGGUUCCCUGGACAAGAUGAAACAGGCAUCACCAAAGGGCGCCCAACAAAGCACAGCCUUGAAGAGCGAGAUGCGAUCACACCAUGUCGCGCAAGUGCUGAAUGAUCCGACCCUCGCAGUCGUCGCCGUCGACGGCGGUUCGCGGGUGGAGGAGGCGCUCCGAUUAAAGGAAUGGGGCGGAUCCGACGCGGACCGGGACAAAUUCGACGGAACCAAGGAGAGGAAGCGCGGCGUCGUUUCGUCCGCUCUGAAGAAGCGCGUCGAAGCCCGAAACGCAGCGAUCGCAGAACGACAGCAGAAACUCAGGCACCAGCAAUCGGGAGGUGGGGCGAGAGGCGAAGGGGAGGCGGCUAGUCCGGCAGAGGUAGAGCGUGGAUCUGAUAUCGGGCAAAACGUCAGAGGAGCUCUGCAGGCGUCAUCUGGAGGUGUGAAAGCGCCGUCGAAGAACACAGACCGCGCACGUGGACCCGCUGCACUCGCAUCGGAUACGAGCCAAGCGCGCAAGAAUUGCGUGACUCUGCGCGGACCCGCGGUGCGCGGGGGCCAAGCUGCCAUCAAUGCCUCCAUGGCGCAACAGCGCAACCGAAGUCUCAACAGCGCGGCGAACUAUAGUCGCGAAGGCGCUGGCACCUCCACCUCAUCAGGAGGUGCCCCUGUGGUGGAUCGCGUGACGAUGACCAGCAUUCGCACGGAAGCGCCCGCUGCAGCCUCGACCGCUGCUACGCAGCAACAAAGCGAGGAGGCCUUGGCGGCGCAGUUGUUACGUGAGCUAGAUGAGGACCUAGGGGUCGAUUCUUUGUUCGGCUUCAAUACGACGUUCUCUGACGAUGAGCGACAGCCUAGCGGCGCUCCAAAAGGCGCGUUGGGACCGAGACCGAUGCCCCCUCGAUCGCUAGGUCGCACCUCGACAACAGGAACACUCGGUGGCACGACACCAGGCGGACUCGGUGCCGCAGCAGCCCUCGGCACCAGCACAGGGGCGCUCGGUGGCGCCGGAGCGCUCGGUGGGAGCACAGGCGUCUCCGACGCCAUGCGCAAGUUUGGUGCGGUUAAGAAAAUCAUCCGAUUAGGGAGCUUCGCUAAGCAUCGUGACGACCAGGAGCGGAGCGGCGCUGCCAAUGAAGGCGAAGCAGCGAUGCCUGAAGAAAGUUCAGGUGCGGACCUCGUGGAAUCCGGAACCUUAAGGAGGAGCGUUCGCGACAUCGUUUUGGGUCAGGAUCUCGACUCUUUGUUGGAUGCAGAACUCAUCGCUGCAGCCGAACAAGAUGCUGCUACUGAAAAGUACUUAUUGUUACUCAUCGAUAAACUCGAUAUUUGAAGUUAGAACACGGGGAGCCUUCGAUCUUGUUUAUCAAAGUUUGUUCUGAUCGUGCCUUCAACCUCAUCUGGAAUAAUUAUGGCGUUUUUUAAGAAGUCAUGAUUUAGGGCUUCUGAGACUCAAGAACGUGCCUGACUUCUAGAAUUGCUUUUUUGAAUGCUCCGUGAGAUCUACGACUGCUCAAUUACCGUUUCAAUCUCAGGUCAGUAGCGUCUCGAGCGAGUCGUAAAUGCAAGAUACAGUUUUCGGAUCCCGAGAUCUCCGAGUUCAAUGUUGACAAGGCCGGGGCAGGCGCAGAGAAUGCUGUGUUAGCUUCGAGUAAUGUCGGAGCACAAGGAACCGCACCUACAAGCGACUUGUUACAGAAUUCUCAACGCGGCGCACAGCUGUCUGUCGGGGCCACCGGGGUUCGCGUUCCACGCGGACAACGGUCCGAAGGUGAGGCGACUCCAAUGCGAGGGUCCUUGACAGGUUCUAUCGGUAAUGCUCGUAUGCUGACAGAAGAAGAGGAAGAGGCCGCACAAGAGCAAACGCCCUUCGCACCGCGCUCUUCGGUGAAUGUGCGCCGCCCCGGCGCUGAAGAGGCCGGAACUAUGGAAACGUUAGCGCGGCUGCAGCAGCAAGAGGGCGUGUUGCGGGAAGCUCUGCGACGUCGCGAUGCGGAGGAGGUAAUUCGUGAUCAGCUAGUGAGAGACGAACAACGGCACUGCAUUCUUGCUGCUCCUGGGCAAGAGCGUGUGGCCCCGGCGACGUCGGCUGACAUGCAUCCGGCGAACAUGCUGCCCUCACCAAAUAUCCAGGCUGCAGCCCUGCUUGUGGCACCCGUCAGCCUUACGGCUGGCGCAUUAAGCACUACCUCCUCCGUGCCUGCCAGCCCUACGAGCGGAAGGAGCAGAUCGCCGUCUCCGGGUCCGAGCGGGCCGAAACGCGUGACAGACUACGCGGAACACCUCGAAGGCGUGCAAGCCCUGCUCGGACGCAAUUUUCUAGAGGAAGCGCCGGGAAACCUCGGGAUUCUUGCACCACCACCUCCGGCUGCAGCCGCGGUGAAGCCAACACCUGCGAGGAACCUUGCUCCCCGAGGACAGAGCACACACAACGCGAAAAACGUUACAUCCAAGAGCAGCAGCAGUAGUAGCAGCUCUGGAUCCAGCGAAGACGAGGACCGCUCACAGAGCGAAAGCGACUCCGCCAGUUCCAGUGCCCUUUCCACCGAAGAUGGACAGAUCAAGCAAGCUGCCGGCGGAAGCGGAGCGGAUGAGAGACCACCGUCCAGCCAGCCGAGCGAACAGAGUACCAGGAAAGACUCUACGACAUCGCCUCGUGGAGCUGCUGCCGCCGGUGCGAGGGGGUUGCCAGCGUCCCCUGUCAGGGGGAAAGGUCAGUCUCCAGGCCACCACCACCACCAUCACGGAGAGCGGAAAUCCGGGCAGCCCGAACCGCAGCCAAGCGGAGAUGUUUCGCUCCACGAUUUAGUGCACGACGCCGUGGACAAAUACAAAGGCAGCGUCAAGAUCCGGCGUAAGAGUCGACUCGACACGGGACUUAGCAACACGACUGACGCUCCGCGCAACAUGGAGGAUGACGUAAUCUUGAGUUUAAUCAAACGGCGGUCACAGACCUCAUCCGUCCGCUCUUCUCUGAGUUCGCAAGCCAGCAGCUUGAGCGCUUCGCAGCGCAAGUCAAUGCUCGCAUCAAGCAGCGUGCAUGCGUCCGGCGGAAUGGCCCGCCCGAGCGCCCAAAUGGGCGUGGCCGGCGACGCGAAUUCAAUUGCCGCGGGUCGUUACCUGCGCAGCGGCAUCGACUCUACUGGCAUGUACUAUCUGCUGGACCUCCUGAAGCAACAGAACUGCUCUUCCCGCGCUCGCCGCGUGUCUGUUGGCGACAACAGCGACGACGAGGGUGGAACCGAGGAACAGAAGGAAGCGAAAUUGCUGCGAGGAGUUAAUCCAGAAUCAGCGCCAAAACCGGAGUUCGACGACGACUUACCCACGCCCCAGUACUUGAUCGGCACGCCGAAGCUGGAUUCUCCGGACUGGACCAGCAACGCGCAGAUGCUCGACGUGUGCCUGCCACAUCUCAUCAAGAUCGGACGCUCGCUUAUGGGACGCACGGUGCACCCGCAAUCGUCUGCAAAGUUGACCAAAACGGAGCUGGCGCAGAACAUUUUGUCGAUGCCGAACUUCUUGUCGGACAUGCUGUGCUACCAGAUUCGGCAGAUGGCUCCGAACCUAUCGGUAACGCGCCCUUUCGACGACAAAGACUCCCACCGCGUGGUGGAAAGGCUUCAUCACUACUUCCAACACUCGAGGGCUACACCGGAAGAGCGACUGAAGAACAUGUUGGCCAGAGAGCCUGACUCCAAGGUUGCAAGGGAGACCAACCCGAUAAACUUUCUCAAAAAGGUAAAUUAUUUGGAUUACAAUUUGUUUGUAACUGUAGUGGAUGUAAAACCUCUAGAAAUAGAUUGUCAGACUAUUUGGAUUACAACUAAGUAGAAGUAGGUCUAGAUGGAAAGCAGUCAACAUGUAGGGUGGUCUUUAGUAAGAAUAAUAAUGCGGAAAGUAAAACUUUCUUUGAGGAAGAUAGAAAAGAGACUGUUUAUUUGUUUCUUUUUCAUUCAAAGAAUGUGGCUGACACUGUUUUCAUCUUCUAAGGUUUAUCGUUAUGUGGUCGUACUGCAGAACCUAAAUAGCCGGUUCAUUUUUCCUCGUCUGACUCCCUUCCUUCGUCCAACAUAAUCUAAACCGUUUUCUUUACAGGGCAUGGGCCACCUGGCGCGGCAAAACGGUGAUUAUUUCUGGGCAGCGCCUGACACGGUAACCUAUCCGCAGCAAUCGCCUUUGACGGAAAACCCGGGACCGAUUUUCACUCCGCACCGCAUGGUAAUGAGAGCGCUUUCACCCUAACAUAUACUUACCUGAUAACGAACAUGAGCGUAGAUUUUUCGGAAAGAGCGUUUCCUGUUUCCUUUAGAUGUCAUGUUGUACUUGUAGUAGCUUAACAAGAAGGGUCGAAUCCUCAUGGAUCUUCCGUGGUGAUGGUAAUAUCAUAAAAAGUCAUUUUGUCGUAGUCGUGAACAACUGGAGGACAACAUUUUAUUCUUAUUUUGAUGUAAUUACAAAAUCACAGAUUUUCUGGGAAGUUUAUCCGCACAUGGCAGUCGAUAUGGCGCGGGAGGCGAUCACGUCCACACGACAUCGGGUGUUUGCGUCAGUGCUGAAGGAGAUCCAGAAACGAUUCGGGUCGAUGGACGACUUGGAUGCGCUCACAGUGGCGUUCUACGAAUAUUGUAGUGAUUGGCUGCGCACUACCAGAAUGGAGCAUCGCUUUACCCGUCUCUCUCGCUCCUCAGGAUUUUCAGGCAUGUUGCGGCAGUCCGCGUGGAACACUCCGGACGAGUUUGUCGAGUUUGUAGGCGAAAUGCCGGGUCUGAGCGACAUGAUGCACGGCGGGGGCGGAGACAGCGACGCGAUUGUGAGCGGAGGACAAGUGCGCGAGUCUACAGGCACCAUCGGCGAUGAUUUUGGUAUGCCGUCCAGAAUUUUUGAUUCCGAUGGGAUGAACGACAUCCGUGCAAACGAGCCCCGCGCGUCGAUCCUUUUUUACACUUCUGAAGGCGAGGACGAGGAACAGUCGGAUGACGAGGAGGAGUCCAUUCUAGACUUGAUUAUCCCUGAUUUUGCGCACCUGUUCAGUCUCUUCGACGACGAGGAUGAAGUUGCUGCAUCUGCAGAGGAGGAGCUCCUCGAAGACGAUGCUGUGAGUGCGACUGUGAGUACAGAGUUGGAGGGCCGAGACUGCGAUGACAGGAAUCGAGAGUGUGCAGAAAAAAUAGAUGAGAGUCGUAGAUUCGCCUUUUACCCGCCGGAUACAGGGGCAAAACCGAAGACGAGACCGUCUCGUCCUGUUGCUGUUCGGCCCGAUCGUCCUGUUCCCGUCCGACCCUCGCUGCGUCCGCCCCGCGGUGAGGCUGCGUUGUUGAAAAAUAUGAUAGCACGAAAGGGUGACCCGCGUUCCCCCGGUGAAGCGGCCGCACGUCAAAACCAACCGGCGGUGGCAUCUAGCGACAUUUCUGACGCUGAUCACGGAACGGGAGGGGCCGUCAGCGAGGUAGCACUGAGUGAGCAAAACGGUUUCGGUCCUUCUUCGAAGACCGCCAAUUCUGCGCCGUCCCCAAGGUCCAACCCGCCGAAAAAGGACGCUUCCGAAGAAGCCAAGAUGAAACGUAAGAGGAUCAGGCGCUUCAAGCUGGUCGAAGAUCAGGCGAUGAAAUCGAAUCCCUACCACGUGGAAUCAUUCUGGACUGCGUCUGACCCUAUAACGCUUGUCUACGAACAGCACGGCUUCAAGCGACCCGUUGGAUCCGAGGCUGUGCUGGCGUCGACCCUGGCUGAAGUGCAAGGUGCAACUAGUAUUGCGGAGCAGAGUCGCAACGGUGGGAAGCUGAACAAAGGGUCUGCCGAGAUUGGAGGUGGCGACAGGGCAAACGCGAUGAAAGAUGCUAGUACAGCUGAUGUCGAUGAAGGCGUGCGGGUUCCCGAAGAAGACUAUAUUCCAAUACUGGAGAAUCCAUAUUUUGAGGGACCCGUUCCGCCAGAGAGCCUGCAAGAGAUGCGGAAAAUCAGCGCAAGACUGAAACGUAAAGUGGAACUCCAGGAAAAGUCUUCAGAAGCUUUUAAAAAGUUGCUUGACAGUCAGUGGUUGCGGCUGGCGGCUCGGCCUCUCAUCAUGCCGUCAAUGAUGGAGGAUUGGCUUCAGGCUGACAUCAUAUCGCAGCGCCUCGGUACGUGCACUGGUAGACCUGGCAUUCUAGGAGGCGAGACUACUACUGCGAGAAGCCCAACGAGCGACGCUGCGAGAUCUAAGUCGCCCGUGGCGGCCCAAGCGGGCGCGGUCAUGAAGAAGUCUCCGGGUGUCUUUCCUCCGCUUGCAGAUCUUCGCGCGCUUCCACCACGUGAGUUGCGGCAGAUGAGACAGGCGCUGCAAACACAUUCUCCUCCUCUCGUUUCGGAGGUUCUGAAAGCGGGAGUAAUGCACCCAGACGCUUUAGCUCUGCUCCAUCCUGGCGACGCGGUGGAGUUGCAGUACAUGAUGCAGCACAGCAAGCCGCUGGGCGGGACCGCUAAACACGUCAAAGACGAGGAAGAAGAAGAAGAAGACUCUGAGGACUCGGACAGCGAAUCUGCGCAAUCUUCACGCCGCGUUCCGGAAAAGCCGCAGGAGGGGCCCGACUACCUGAAGCAGAUGCGUCACCGUGUUCGUGCCAUGCUGCGCACGGCGGACGAAUCCGCACCAGGAGUCUGGGAUAAGAAAGCGCUGCGCAAGAUUGAGCGUAUGCACUCCGCGCUGGGAGAGCCUGGAGAAUCCUCAUCCGAACCAGAAGAGAACGACAUGGGGCCGAGCACAUCUCCGUCCGAAAGCGAAGAGGAAAAACCACAACCCGCGAAACGGGAGACCAAAAGGCCUACUGUCUCAAAAGCGCCGUCCCCCAAAGUAGGAGCAUCCAAAGCAGCACCGGUUCGGCCUUUGGACGGCUUUCGCGUCAAUGCGCGUCAGAGCAAGGCAGGCGCGAAAGCAGGUGCUCGGCCCUCCGCAGCCAAGGCAAAGGCCCGCGCAUCAUUGAAAAAGGAGGAGGCAGCCGCCGUAAAGGAAGACGAGCGUGCGGCAGAAGCAAGUGAGGCUGCAGCAGAGGUAAAGGAGCAGGCACCAGGUGAUAUAGAUGCUGCUGAUGCAGGUGAGGCCGCCGAUACAGCUGAGGCUGCGUCCAAACAUGAGGAGGGCGAUGCUUCCCCGAGCGAGGAGCCAGGCGACCCCGUGGCGCAGGGCGCAGACGGUGAACAAGCUGAAGAUGGCCAAAAAGGCGGGAACUUUAAUAGUGAAGUUUCCGAGGUGCAGCACUCCGACACACCACGCAUGCGUGGGGGCGAAGGUGAGGGGGCUGCGGCGAUGAUGUCAGGUAUGGAAGUAGAUAUCGAUGGCACAAGCGAGCGAAAGAGCAGGGUUUCGCAAAAGCCGACUGGGUUGCCUGCGGAAGCGCCUGCAAAGCGGAGGUCUGUGCCGCAUAUGGCUAAGGCUCCACCCACGGCCACUUCGCGUCUGGCGGAAAGGACGAAGGGCGGGGCACGACUCGCUGAUGAGAUGCGCGUGACCGCCGAAACCGUGAAGCGCAUGGAGGCUCGCGCGGAACCGAAGGCGCACAUCUCGCGAAAGUCUGCCACGAGGAUUGCGGAGAAAGCAGCGUUAGCUGCACAGGCCAACAAGUAUAGAGGUGCACUGCGCGACGAGUCGAACUUUGGGCAGUUGAUGGACGAAAUGGUCGAGCGCGAUCGCCGGGAGGCCGAGGCGGCAGCCAAGAAGAAGCGGGAGGAGGAAGAGCAGAAGCUGCGACUUGAGACUGAGUGGGAACAGCGUAUGCAAGUAGCGCAAAGCGGUGGAGAAUCAGCGCACGAGCCCGCACCAAAGGAAGAACUGCGAGUAGAUGAGAGUGAAGCGCCAACAGGAACCUCCACUUUAGCAGACGAAGCUGCCGCAGCCACGACCGGCGAGGGCGCCGCCGAUGUGUCGGAGGAACCGGUCGCUCGACCCUCGUCAAGAAGUGUAGCUCUUGUUACGCCUGACGACACCGCAGAUGGCGAGGGGAACAGUGACGACGAUCACCCACUGCCCUCUCCGAAAGGACCACGUAAGAGUCUUGAGGAGAUUCGCGCAGAGGCACGACAGAGUGUUCGGCAGCGGGUCUCAGCAUCGCGCGUAGGGGUGCCUAGUUUGAAGCUAGAUCCACAAGAGGCCGUUGACGCGGCCGCGGAAGGCAAUCGUGAAGAUGCUGUAGAGGAAGAAGCCCAAGAUCCACUUGCGGCUGACGAGGACACCGCGCCUAAACAAGACGUGGCUCUAAAUGACGCGGCUGCCGAAGACUCAGAUCCCGCGGAGGCUGAAGCAACCGGAGCUCGUGACGAAGACAUUGGAGCUGCGAUCGGUGGCGACGCGGGGGAACAGCAAGAAACCGCGGACGCACCACGAAGUCCAACGGCGGAUUCACUCGAUUUGGAGGACGCGGAAUUUGAACGAAAGAUGGCGGAAGCAAUGAACCUCACAGGCGCAAAAACACAAAGUGAUGAAAUUAUUGAGGAGAAAGCCGAGGAAGAAACGCUAGACGACGCAGCCGACACUCUUACUGAGGCUGCACCUACAUCGGCGAACGCAGACGAGCAGGACGAAAAGCUAGAUGCCGACGCAGAGGAGGAGGACACACAGCAAGGACAGGCUUCUGCGCCCGAUGCUGUUGAAGAUGAACCUCCCAGCAACGGCAAGGAAGGAAUGGCUGAGCCGGAGGUAGAGGCAACGGCAACUACCAUCUCUGUUCAAAAAGUAGAGGAUCCACCAUCUUCGGAAACAGUAUCGGGAAAGACGCUCACAACACAGGCGAGAACGUCUUCGCGUGUUUCCUCCGUAAAGGUUAUGGGGCGUCCACGGCGCAGCGGCAUGCCAAAGAAAGUGUCCGUCGUGCAGAUGACCCGGCCAAGAUCAAGAUCACAGAGCCGUAGCCCAGCCGCGUCACCGCGCGCAUUGCAAGUGUCCGCAUCACCUCGUGGCAGCGCGUCGGGAGAGGAGUCAGCCGCCUCUGCUUCACCCGCUGUGCACGGCAAGGCAAAAAGUCAUGCCGCUUUUGGAACAUCCGCAGUUCCAAAAGGAGCGCAUGUAAACAGGGUCGUAGUGGCGAAAAGUAGGCCGAAGCCAGCGGACGAACCAGGAAAGGGGGAGUAAAUAGAUAUUUGUUUCUUGUUCUCCCCACAUGCAUUACGAAGUCUUAAUCUUACUAACGGUUUUAUUAUCUCCAUAUUCGAUCUAUGAAUGGUAUGGGGUAUAUGAAUGUACAGAUUUGCAUAGGUUUGUAUCAGAUAGCCGUCACGACUCUGUCGAAUAUUUGCAUCUAACUAAUAGUCUUGAAUUCUUGUAUGUACUUGCAGAAAUAAAGGACAAUGACUGAUUUAUCUUGUCAACGUUGAGUUAGACUGAAUACUUCUGUACGUGAAUCAUGAUCAUGUUCAUGCCACUUCGGCAAACAAUUUAUCUUGUGUUACUUAGAGUCUUUCGUGGUUCUGGGAGUAUAGCUUGCCAACGCACACAAGUGACGAGAUUCUUUCUAUCCAACGGCAACAGGUCGCAUACUACUUAAUGUACCUAUACUCAUUGGAAACAACGCAUCGGAUAUAUUCACAAGCUGGGAAAAACUGGAUUUGAAAAUCAUCGUAGGAGCAUCUGAGGAC